AUGAAUCUUACGGUGAAACAAGGACAGACUGUUGCACUCGUGGGUGUCAGUGGAUGCGGGAAAAGCACUAUUGUUCAGCUGUUCGAACGGUACUAUGAUACUCAGAGCGGUGAAGUGUGCAUUGAUAAUCACAAUGUUCGUAACCUUUCAAUACGCCAUUUGCGAGACAAAAUGGCUGUGGUUGGGCAGGAGCCUACACUCUUCAACAUGACAAUACGAGAAAACAUCAUGUAUGGUUUGAGCAAAUGCACACAAAAGGAAAUUGAAAACGCUGCGCGUCGUGCCAAUAUUCACGAUUUUAUCGUCAGUCUACCGAAGUUAGUACAAGAAACUCUUGAUAAAGCACGAAAAGGACGAACAUGUCUGGUAAUCGCUCAUCGAUUGUCAACUAUUCAGAAUGCCGAUCAGAUUGUUGUAUGCCGCGAUGGGCAUGUCGUAGAACAGGGAACCCACCAAACUUUGCUGUCAAGAAGGGGCAUCUAUUACAACUUUGUUCAACGUCAAAAUCGAUGA